AUGGAAGUGUUUUUCGAAUGGUUCAAGAACUUUAUUAAAUUUUCUGGUGCACAAAAAGAAACUCCCGUGCUCUUACUAUUUGAUGGACAUGCAUCUGAUACGAAAAACAUCGAUGUAAUAGAUCUGGCUCGAGAUAAUGGCGUUAUUUUAUUAUGUUUCCCACCGCACUGUACGCGCAGGCUCCAGCCUCUAGAUGAGGCAUUUAUGAGACCUUUAAGUCUAUACUACGAAGAUGAAGUGCGAAGAUGGUUGCGGUCAAACCCAGAAAAUAAUUCCUUCAAUGAUCCCUCAACCCCACCUCCCAGAGAACUAAAGGAAACUAGCAACGAAACUCAAAAUGGCUCUUUACCCUGGAUGUCUGACACUCCUAUUGCACCAAUAAAAAAAGUGAUCACCUCUAGUUAUCCAGCCGUUUCUCCGGAAGCUUUUAUGCCAGUACCAAAACUAACGACAACCGUUAAGCGAGUGCAAAGAAAGAGAGGCAAAAUCACUAUUAUUACAGAGUCACCGUAUGAAGCAGAGUUGACUGAGGCAUUAGAAAAAUCAAAGAAAAACAAAGUGAAAAAAAAUCUUUCUGGUCAGAAGUAG